AUGGCUAAACAGAGCCUAUGUGUGUGCUUCGCGGUAAUUGUCAUCUCCGCCAUUCUGGUUUCAGAGGCUGGGGCAUUUACUGAUCCGCGUGAUGUCACUGCUCUUCAAGAUCUUUACAGAGCCCUUAACCACCCACCACAGCUGAAGGGAUGGAGAUCGGACGGCGGGGAUCCUUGUGGUGAAUCAUGGCGUGGAGUGUCAUGUUCUGGGUCAUCUGUAAUAUACCUUAAACUUCAUGGUCUGAGUCUCUCAGGGUAUCUUACUGGCGAGCUCUAUAACUUCUUCAAUCUGAAACAAUUGGACGUUAGUUCGAAUAACAUUGUGGGUGAAAUUCCAUAUGUCUUACCCCCUAAUGCUACUCAGAUGAAUCUAAGCCACAAUUUGUUAUCUGGACCUAUUGGCAAUGUAUUUACCGGCCUACAGAAUUUAAGAGAACUGGAUUUGUCAUAUAAUAACUUCACUGGAGAUCUACCAAGUUCAUUUGGAUCCUUGACAAAUCUCACUGGAUUUGCUUUCAUGCUUGGGAUAGUCUAUUUCUACAAUUACGUGUCAUUGAUUCACAUAUCCAUUGGGUGCAUCUGCAGGUACUUGCAGAAUAACAAAUUUACUGGAUCAGUUACUUAUCUAGCUGAGCUUCCGCUAACUGAUAUGAACAUUCAAGAUAAUUAUUUCAGCGGCAUCAUUCCAAAUCAUUUUCAGUCCAUACCAAAUUUAUGGUUUGGGGGAAAUAAUUUUCAUGUAGGGGAUAACUCUCCACCCUGGGACUUCCCUCUGCAAACCCAGGCAACUGCCAUUGAACAGAACAUCCCUGCCCCUCCAGCAACUCAGUCAAGUGCCAUUGCGAAGAACCCCUCUAAGAAAUUAGGUGGACACAAGAAGAAAAGGAUUGGCCCUGGAGGAAUAGCGUUUUCGGUUGGUGGAGGAACUCUAGUGGCAUCAUGUGUGGCCCUUUACAUUGCAGUUCGCAUCAAUCAAUCGCGUGCACGGAGGCUUAUAACCUUGGGGAGCAGUAAUAGCUCAAUGCAUUCUCUCUCAGUCAGAAAUACUGCCAGAGCAGAAGAAAGCCCACAAAUAUUGGCAUUCAGGUCACCCAUUCUACCUCCUAGGCGACUACCUCUUGCUUACAGAAUGCAGAAAAAUCCUAGAAGAAAAAGUUUCUCUGAUAAGUACAGAUUCCCAAUGAGAGCAAAGCAGUACACUGUGGCAGAGCUUCAAUUAGCUACAAACAGCUUCUGUCAAGAAAACUUUCUGGGUGAAGGAUCUCUUGGUUCGGUUUACAAGGCCUUGUUUCCUAACGGCCAAAUUUUGGCUGUGAAGAACAUCAACAUGGCAGGAUUGUCUUUCAAUGAAGAAGAACAAUUCUUGUAUGUCAUUUGGACUGCUUCUCGUUUGACUCACCCAAACAUAGUACCACUGGUUGGCUAUUGUGUAGAGCAUGGACAGCAUCUUGUUGUGUAUGAGUAUGUUAGAAAUUUAUCCCUUCAUGAUGCUCUGCACAGUGAUGAAUACAAGCCUUUGUCAUGGGGCCUUCGUCUCCGGAUUGCUCUUGAUGUUGCACAAGCUUUAGACUAUUUGCACUCCACAUUCACACCACCAGUUGCUCAUAGCAACUUGAAGAGUGCCAAUAUCUUUCUUGAUGAUGAACUUGCUCCUCAAAUCUGUGACUGUGGGCUUGCAAUUUUGAGGCCACUUACAAGCAGUAGGCUUAAGCUAAAGGCUUCAGAAAAUGCUAUCGGUGACACUGGCUACAUUGCACCUGAGCAUGGCCAACCAGGCAUUGAUAGCACAAAGUGUGACAUCUAUGCCUAUGGAGUGUUGCUUUUGGAGCUACUAACAGGAAGGAAACCUUUCGAUAAUUCAAGACCAAGGGAGGAGCAAUCACUGGUGAAAUGGGCUUCAUUCCGGCUUCAUGACAGUGAGAGUCUGGCUGAGAUGAUUGAUCCCGGCAUUAUAAGGACAUUUUCCUCCAAGGCUAUCUCCCAGUUUGCUGACAUUGUCUCCCUCUGUAUACAGCCCGUGAAGGAAUUCCGACCGCCAAUGUCUGAGGUUGUGGGAUCUCUAUCAAGACUAAUCCAGAAACUGAAUUACAUGGGGAAAGGUAAAGGAGUAGAUGGUUAUGGUGUUCAAGUUGACCCUUUCGAGAGAUCUUUCCGUUCAACCAACAGCCAGUUCAUGGGCUCACCUUCAAUGAGCUAUUUGUCCAUUUGA